GAGGGGUCGUCUGCUGCGACGGACACUCAUGAGAUAUGCCAACUUAUCAUCAGUUCUUAUCCUCCGCUCCAUCAGCACAAGAGUUCGUAAGCGUUUCCCAACUUUGGAGCACGUAGUGGAGGCUGGCUUCAUGACCACACAUGAGCUGAAGAAGUUUGAGUCUCUACACUCUGAUUUCAACAAGUACUGGAUGCCUUUGACUUGGUUCACAAACCUUGCUUCCAGAGCCAGAGAGGAGGGUCGAGUGAGGGACGACAUCGCUUUGAGACUGCUGAUGGAUGAGCUGAAUAACUACAGAGCCAAGUGUAGCCUCCUGUUCCACUAUGACUGGAUAAGCAUCCCCCUGGUCUACACUCAGGUGGUUACCUUAGCAGUUUACUCUUAUUUUGCCUUUUGUGUGAUUGGUCGACAAUUUCUGAACCCUGAGAAAGGAUACAAGGAUCACAAGCUGGACAUGUACAUCCCUGUUUUCACCCUGCUGCAGUUCUUCUUCUAUGCUGGCUGGCUCAAGGUGGGGGAGCUGAUCAUCAAUCCAUUCGGUGAGGACGAUGAUGACUUUGAAACCAACCAGCUGAUUGACAGAAACAUUCAGGUGUCAAUGCUGGCUGUAGAUGAUAUGUAUCAGAACCUGGCUCCAAUUGAGAAGGACAAGCACUGGGCGCAGAGACAUUUCUCCAUCCCUUACACUCUGUCAACAGCAGCAGAGACUCUCAGACCGGCCUUCAAAGGCUCCACUUUUGACAUGAGGAUGAGUGCAGAGGAUCUUGAGAUUCACCAGCCUGCAGACACUCCUGGAAAGAAACAGUAUUUACCUCUUAGAGGCUCUCUGGGUGACGGUCUCGACAGUCUUCUGCAGAGAGGCAAAGGUAUCCUGAGAGGUGUGAGCCUGCCAUCUCUGAUGGAUGUCUCACCUAUGGUCUCACCACACCCAAAUGAGGAAGAUGAUUCUGAUACUUCCCCUGAGGGCGACACCAACACCAGCAACCACAAAGAACAUGAAAAUGCACUCAUCAAAGUUGCAGUGGAGUACAACCAGUGAAAAUGAAUCUGAUACUUAAACACAUUGUGUGUUUUUGAAACAAGA